UUAUUUUUCUUAAAAACCCUACCCUGGUCAGUUUAUAAUGAUUCAUUAUUUCCUGAGGCCAUACAUUUUAUUAAUAGGUAACCAAAUGCCCCCGACCAGCCAUAGGAUUAAUAAAUGUCUCUCCCCCAUACAGCAUUACCGUCUCGAGGAGCAAGUGGACUAAACCAAGGAGCGGGUUUGCUUGCUCUACAGACCCCAGAGUAAACAAAAAGCUUUGUAGCCGGCUUAUCCUGUCAGCGUUUACUAACUCAAUAUCAUCGGGAGCAGGCAUAACUAUCAAGGCAGAAAACAAAUACUGCUAAAAUAAAUGGCAAAUUUAUAUACCAAAUACGGCUCCACUCUUAGCAACAAUGACGCUACCGGGCUUUCUCUAUCCCUGUGAAUUAGGCAGCCAACACCAGAGAGAAAAUAAGCAUUGAGGGACCAAGAGGAGCUGCAAAGCCGGCUGACUGUAGUGGAAGUAUGUUCAUUACGGUGAAAUACGGAGAGGGACAUGAAGCUAUUUUCAACCCCCAGUGCCGGGUGGGCCUGUUGCUCAACUGUAUAAAAGAACGCUGUAGAUGUCUAAAUCGCGACAUAGAACUCUCAGAUGUACAAGGAAACGUUAAAAAUCUAAGACAGUCCCCGCGGCGCUACGCAAAUGAAUUUCUUACACCACGCCAAGCGUUCGUUCUCCUACAGGUGGACAAUUCGGAAGACUCUGAAUAUCAAUACAUUCCACUCCUAAAAGACGAUCAAAUUAUUACGGAAAAUUUCAUGGCUCAACUCGCAAAGAAAGAAAGUAAGGAAAACAAGGAUCGACCUACAAGUAGCAGACGGCCAACAAGCCGCCAGAGGUCAGUAGUAGCCAAUCUAAAGAACAGGAGAGACAGAGAUUCGUCGCAAGAAGAAAAAUCCAAAAGCACAGAGAGGAAAAGUAAAAAGUCAUUAAGCAUGGCGUCCUUAAGAGUGCCUAAGACUUCUGGAAGGCGAAACAGUGCGGCGUCGCCGCGUUAAACAAAACUAGAUAAAAUCAUGGGGGCAUAAGACCUAUUGGUAUCAUGCUCACAUCCAGUGCAUCUAUUAUCACCUUUUUUACCAGGAAUUCCUUCAUAAACAAUAGCAAGUGCUUGAAAAAAAUAAAAAAACGGUUUCUGUGGUUACUUGAUAUUUAAACUACUAAGCAUCGAAAUUUGACUUAUCAUAAAUGUAUCCACGAAAGUGGAAUUGACACCUUCUUGAAUAUAGAUAUCAGUUGGCACUUCUUAAAAUGAGGUUUAUUGUAAAGAUGAAUCUCUAAUUCAUAUAAAGGACAUGCGGGUUUUUAUCAUUGUCGCUUCACCAUCGGCUUUGCGAGAAAAAAACGAAAGAUCAGUGUGCAGUAUUUGAUUCUUUGGACGCAAUACACCCCGCAAAGAACUAUCUGUAGGACUUACAACAGCAGCAACAUCCAAAAGAGCACCCUCAGUUGCAAAACCAGGAAUAAAAAGCAGCAUCCGUGUAAAUCGCA